AUGAACGCCGCAGCCUGCGUCGCCUCCAACGCCGCCGCCGCGACGCGCGCGAUGCCGCCGUCGUUCAAGAUCCGCAAGGUGGACGACCGCGAGCGACGCGCGGAUCUCGAAAAGCAGGUCGAGGCCGCGCUCAAGUACGCGCGCUCGCGAUGCGAGAAUCGCGCGCGCAAGCCGCCGCACGCGCUCGCGUCGCCCAAGGCAAGCAAAGUCAACGCCGAGUCCGUCCUCGCCGGGUACGGCGUCGACGUCCUCGCGGCCGCGAAGCUCGACGGCGGCGAGAAGACGAUGUCGGUCGUCCGCGCGUCGAGCCUCGUCGAGCUCGACAAGUGCCUCCGCGCGCGCGCGGAGCAAUCCAUCGUCGUCUCGCGCGCGCCGACGCGCGCGACGGACGUCCACGCGUUCCUCGCCACGGACGAGGACGCGAUGGACGACGACAUCCGCGACGACGUCGCGCACCUGUACGUCACGUACGACGACCCCGCGAGCCAGCACACGCUCGCGGUCGCGCGCGUGCUCGGCCUCGGGAGCGGCGGCGUCUCAUCCGACAAGAACAUCGACAUCGACAUCGACCGACCGCCGCUGCUCGUCGACCGGUUCCUCUCGACCGGCCUCUCGAUGUUCGGCCCGGGCGCGAACCCGGUGAAGACGCCGUCGAUCGUCCGCGCGCUGCUGUACGAGGCGUGCGAGGAGCUCGCGCGGCGCGACGGGCGGCGCGUCGGCGAGACGUUCGACGUCGUCGCCGUCCGCGGGACGCUGCCGGCGACGGCGAAGAUCGCGUCCGAACGCGCCGCCGACGCCGCGAACGGCGACGCGAAGCCGACGGCGUGGGCGACGCGACGGCUGAAGCGGUACUCGGUCGCGAUCGACGCGCCGCCAGGGGUCGACGGUUCGAUCGAUGAACCGACGCGGCAGCCGGUCGCCGCCGCGCCCAUCGUCGUCGCCGCGCCCGCUUGCGCGAGGGCGCAGCCGCCGAUGCACUCCGACUCGGCGAGAGAUCUGAGCGUCGACCGCCGCGCGACCGACGACGCCGCCGACGCCGACGCGUCCGAUCCCGUCGCCGCCGCGAAGAAGGCGCUCGAGGACGCGAUGCGCGCGCUGAAGGAAGCGGAGGCGAACGCGCAGAUCGCGGCGGAGAAGAAGGAGGCGCAGGCGCGGGCGGAAGUCGUCGCCGCCGCGCCGGCGGUCGCCGCCCUGCCAGCCGUCGUCGACGUCGAGCUUCCGCCGCCGCUUUCGUCGCCGGUCGAGGCUGUCGCGAACGAAGCGGACGAGCAGCUGAAGACGAUGCGGCUGUCGCUCGCCACCUCGCGCGCGGCGCACGCCGCCGCGGACGCGAUCCUGUCCUCCGUGAACGGCCCAGACGCGAGCGUUACGGAAGGUCCGCCGCGAGCGGCGCGGAGGGCGUCGGACGCGUUCACGAGAGCCGACGACGGCGCGCACGAAAAAAUCGUCGCCGACGUCGCCGCCGCGGUCGGCUGCGUGCUGCUCCCGUCGCUGACGCCGCGCGCGAAGGCGUGCGACGCGACCGUCCGCGGGCUCGCGGGCGUGAGCGUCGGCGGCGGCGACGCGGACGCGGGGCUUUUGCGCGCGCUGCGCGAUUUCGCGGCGGCUUCGGCGAAGGAAAAGAAGCGCGCCGGGGCGGACGGCCCGGACGUCGCCGACGACUUCAAGCUGUCCCCGUGGAAGGCGAACGACGCGAGGAGCGGCGGCGACGAGCUGAAGCGCCUCGCGAGCGACGACGCGCACAUGCUGAUCGCCGCGUGCGCGCGGAUGAAGCCGCUGGGAUCCGAGGAGAAGAAGAAGAACGCCGCGGGGCCGCACCGACGGCUGAUGCGAUUCGAGCCGCGUCCCGCCGCCGCCGCCGCCGCCGCGCCGGCCGCGAAGAAGCCGCGCGCCGCCGCCGCGCCGGUCGCGAACUCCGACGCCGAGGUCCCGUGGGACCCGCUCGUGGACACGGACUCCGACGCCGACGCCGACGCCGACGUCGACGUCGCGCGCCCGGACGCCGCCGCGACCGCCGAGAGACUCGCCGACGUCUUGGACGACCUCUACCAAACCUCCGGCGACGCCGGGGUGCUCCUCCUCGCGUCCACGACGCGCGACAGCGCGCCGAACACGUUCCAGGGCGCGCGCGCCGGUUCAAGGCACGUCGUCAACACCGUCGCGGUCGAGCACGCGUGCGGCGCGGUGACCGGCGUGCCGAUGCAUCAGCUGUUGCUGCAAGCCGCGGAGGUCGGCCUCGUGAUGGAUCCGAGCGGGUGCUUCGUCGCGCCGAAUUCGGAUUCGUCCGCCGCGGCGAACGACGAAUCGCAGGCUGACACGUCAUCACCCGUCCUCGGCGUCGGCGUCGCGCGGCUGCGGCGCGUCGGGUACAGCGUCCGGUUCGCGCGCGAGGACGACGUCGACGCGCUCGUCGCCGUCGAGGCGCAAAACUGGGGCUCGAAAUCCGCGAUGCGCACGCCGCGCGCCACCAUUCUCGACCGCGUCGUCAACAACCCCGCGGGGAACCUCGUCGUGCAGUCCGACGACGGCGAGGUCAAAGGCGGCGUCUACUUCCAGCGCGUGAACGCGCCGGACGACGCGACGGUGUACGACUGGCACAACAAAGAGCGCGCGCGCCUCGUCGAGGGACCGUACGUGCAGCUGAUGGACAUCCACGUGUGCCAACUCUUCAGCGCGACGCUCGGACGCGCGGUGGGGAACGAACUGCGCGAGUUCGUGCUCAACGUCGCGCUGACGAUGCCCGGCGUGAGAGGCGUGUGCGCGGUCACGCGCACGCGCGGGUACCGGAACAAAGAGAAGGUCACCGGCGUGAAGUACGAGGACUACGUCAUGCAGAGCGAGGGGAAGCACGACCGCGGGCUGUUGUUUCACACCGGCGGCGGCGCGCGCGUGUUAAAGCCGGUGCAUAACUGGCGCCCCGCGGACCACGAGAACGACGGCAAGGGGACGCUCAUCCUGUACGACCUCCCGAAGCUGUCCAUGGCGCGGAUCGCGUCCGCGAAGAUCGCCGCGCAUCGGUGGAAGACGCGCGCGAUGAAGCGCGCGGGCGAGACGAAAGCGGCGGCGGCUUCGGCGGCGGCGGCGGCGGCGGCGGCUUUGAAAUCGAAGCCGCCGGCUUCGGCGGCGGCGUCGCCGACGUCCGUCGCGGACUUCGACGACGCCGCCGCCGACGAUGACGUCCCGACGGUGUUCGUUUCGCUGAACGCCGGGCCGUCGUCGGAGAAAAUCUCCGACAAAAUCUCCGACGGAUUCUCCGACGCGGUGCGCGCGCACGCGCUCGCGGAGUCGUGGAGCUCCUCGGACGACUCGAACUGA